UGGCUUUCAAUCAAUUUUCUCAGUCAAUAUUUUUCCACUCUCUCUCUUUUCAACUUUCCUCUCUCUUUCCUCUCUUUCUUUCUCUCUUCUUCUUUUUCAACCUCCCUCCGCCAUUGUUAUAAAUCCUUCUAUUCUUCCCUUUUCUCCACCUAACCCUAAACCACUUCCAUAGCGGAGAUUCCUCAUAUCCCCGUUCUCAAUGGAAGUGGCGGUUCCGGUCUCUCCUGUCGACUUCAACUUCGACAGCGCUUGCUCUUCUCCUUACAUGACCGCUCCUUCCAGUCCUCAGCGCUUCGGCAACUUCUUCUUCUCCAGCGCUCCUACUUCUCCUUCACACGCCGCUGCAUUCUACUACGACUUCAACGACUUUGAUUCUGCCUAUGUCGACGGAAGGACUUCUUCCGCCUCCGAAAUUCCUUUCCUCUGGGAGGACUUGCCUGGAAUUGUGAAAUCUGGAGGCGAUGCUUCUAGUAGUGUUGCUGAUGACGAUUUUCAAUUCGAUUUCAGUGGACAGUUGGAACGGACUUCUUUGUCGGCUGAUGAGCUUUUCGAUUGCGGUAAAAUCAGGGCUCUAAAACCUCCGCCGUCUAAUCGAGUAACUGAUUCCAUCUCCUCAUCCCCAGCAUCCUCGAGAACUGCUCAGGGAAAGAGAAUAGCUCAGGAAGCGCUGUCUCCUCGUCACCACCGCCGGAGAGAUACCGAUUCAUUGGAAGAGGCUCUCAAAGCAACGACACAAAGAAACGGCGACGGAAAGCGAGGGAGAGAAAGAACGAACAUGUCCUCCUCCUCCUCACGGUCGUCUUCAUCCAUAAAACGCAGCGGAAGCCGAUCGUUAUCUCCACUACGAGUCUCCGACAUCAUACUGGAUCCGGAUCAAGAAAUUGGAACAAAAUCCAUGGUUCCUUCCACCACAAGCAACAACGAGAAACAACACUCAAUUUCAUCAUCGGCAUCAUUUCUGUCGGCAUUCUCAUUCUCCAGAGGACAGAGAAGGUGGAGAAUCAGAGACCUGUUACUUUUCCGAAGUGCAUCAGAAGGACGAGCGACGGAUAAGAAGGUAGUGGAGGAGAUGAAGAACUCAAGCUUCCGAUCAAUAGAAAGCUUGAGCUCCGUGUCGAGUUCGAGAAGGAGAGGAGCAAUUUCGGCUCAUGAAUUGCAUUACAAAACAAACAGAGCAGUUUCAGAGGAAUUGAGGAAGAAGACGAGUUUGCCUUACAAACAUGGACUCUUGGGCUGCUUAGGCUUCAAUUCUACUAUGCAACGAAGUUUCUCAAGAAGCUUUGGCUCUCUCGCACGUGCAUGAUCGUAAUAUUUUCUUUCUUCCCUUUCUCAAAAACAAAAUAUUAAUUUCAUUCAAUGUUGUAUUCUAUUUUGAUGCAGAUACAAUUUUCGUAAGUUGUAUAUUUUCCCACCCAAUCAAUUAAUUACAACUUCCAAUCCUUA